UAAAUUUUUAGGGUUUUUUUUUUCGUUUUGUUUGAAUAAUUAACUUCAGAUUUUGUUAUGCGCAACUCUUUGCCAAUGCAACAAUGAGUGCUCAACAUAUAGCUUCAGAUAAAUCAUCAUCUCAUUUCAGUCAUCACCAUAAUCAACUGCAAACUCAAAACAGGAGGGGCGUGAAAUGUCGUCAGCCCCAAACUAACGUGCCGGGCCCAUUUUUCAAUCACAUAGCACCAUCAGCUGAAACUUAUCAGGGAUCUUCAGAUGACUUUUUUAAUGAAGGUGGAAACAGGAUAGAUGCUGAAGAUUUAAUCAUCAAUGAGAUACAAGCUGAAAACCUUGCCGAAAAUAGGAAACAACUCACGGAUCCAAAGCAUCGGAACAGAAACAAGCCGAGACUGCGCACUAGUUCUCAGCAGAGUAACUCCAGCAUAGACCUGCUCAGCUUGACUUUGUCCAGCGACGAAAACCAAGAAGAUGCAGACUCUUUGCUAAAUGAUACGCUCAGAAGCCACCCUGAAGUAUUAAAUCCCUUUCUAAGUACAAAUGAACAUGAAAGUAAUCACUUGAGUGCGAACUUGCUUCUUAGCAGGGCCGACAUCCAUAAACAGAAUAAUCACCAUCAUCAUCAGCAAUAUCGUCAUUUUUUACUUUCCAACGAGGAUCCUGCUGGUAGCCGAGAAUUAGAAACAUCUCUGAGGAGCAACGACGCCUGGUCAACAAAGUCUGUUCCAGCCUACAAUCCUAACAAAAACUGCAGUAAUAACAGCCGGGUUCCGAGACAUCCAGGAGGUGUAAUGGAUCCUAUGGCAGCUGAAAUUUCGAGGAGCAGAUAUGCUCUGCAAAACAAGAAGUUGUUAGAGGAACUGGAGCAGAGAACGUUUGAACUGGCGGCACUGAAGAGACACCUGAAGGAGGUUGGUGGGAAGAGUGCAGUUCAGGGUGAGCACCUGCGCACGUUCGACCAGAGGAUUCUGAGUCUGGAGAGUGAGGUAAGGAUCCAGGACAAGAAACUGAGGGAGACGGAGUCCAAACUAGCAGCUUACCAACAGCAGCUGGCACACUCCGAAACACAGAGAGCUAUUGCCGUGGAAGAGAACGACCAUCUGAAACAGCAGUUGAAAAACAUCACAGAGGAUAAACAAAGCGUGGAGAAACAGAGAAGCGAGGCAGUGAAGAAUCUGGAGGAGAUGACGAAAAACAUGGGCGAGUUCCGGAACCACACCAAGAACAAAUUGGAAAGAUUGGGAGACUCCGAAAGCGGACUGAAAGGAGAAAUUGAAGACCUGAAAAAGCAAAUCGAAACUUGUCAAAAUUCAAUGAAGGUCAAAGAGGACAGUGUGAAGGAACUGCAGUUGCAGAUUGAAGAUAUGAAGCGAUUAGCCGAAAGCAAAGAUGAACGAAUUCAAGAUCUAAAUGGAAGAUUGGAAAGCUGUAAGCAUGAAAACGAAUUGCUCAAAGAGUCAAACACAAUAACCUCAACGGCGCUGUCUGACGCGAAACUCGAACUAGAAUCUCUGAAGCGUACAAACGCUUGCAGCUGUUCUGAAAUUCAAAAUCAUGAGCAUUUGAACAGAGAAAUUGAGAGCUUGAGGCAAAUUUUGAUUUCGAAGGAAUCGGAAUUAAAUAGUAUAAAAUGUGCAAUAUCGACAACCAGUCUAGAUAAUGUUGGUUUUUAUUCGGAGAGAGUGAAUUCGGACAAUAUUGCAGAGCCAGACAUGCAUGAAUAUUCGGUGAUGGAAGCAGAAAAAGUGAGACUGAGAAAACAGAUCAAAGAACUAGAAAACAGCUUGAAAUCGAAAAACUCGGAACUAGAAGCGGUGAAGUCUCAGUUGAGUUUAUGGAGUUCUCAGUACGACGAAGCUAAAAACUUCAUAAACGCAAAUGACUGUUUAGUAAUGAGACUAGAGCGAGAUAACCAACAGAAACAGAACUCGCUUGAAAAGUGUAGAAAGGAAAUAAGUGUGUUGAAGGUUAAAGUUGAAGAUGCCAAAAAUGAAAUAAUAACUGUUGAAGGAAAACUGAAAAGAUCGCAAAUGGAGUAUCAUCAAUUAAAAUUGGCGUACAAUGAGGGAGUGUGUAAAUAUGAUAACGUGAGCAAAAAAUUGGAACAAAAUCUGGAGGAGUUUCGAGAAAAAGAGGAAGAGUACCAAAAUCAUAUUGACCAGCUUCGAGAAGAAUUGAAAGAGUUGACGGGGAACUUCGAACUUCUGGCUUCUACUGUGGAUAACAAAGACCGAACUAUUAAGGAACUCCAGUCGCAUUUCGACGUUAUGAUGCCAAAUUUGGAAUCGGUCAAAGGUGAGUUGACCUCUCUAAAUUCAGCUCACAAUCAAUUGAAGGAACAAAGUUCAAGAGUGCAAGAGGAAAAACGCAAGCAAAUUAAACAUUUGGAAAGUGCCUUAGGAGUUUAUAAAGAAGAAGUCGAAAAGCUAAAUCUUCAGUUGAGACAUCAAAAAGAUACUUUUGACUUGGAAAGUGAAAAUUAUGGCAUCGAAAUUGAAGAUUUGAGAGGUAAAGUCAACAAGUAUGAAUCGCAGUUGACGGCAACAAAAACUGAGUUGUCUGCUAUGGACAAACAUGUGAAAGAAUUAGAGGCGGAAGCAAUAUGUAAAGAUGGAAAAAUCAGCGAGCUAGAACUGCACAUUGCCGAAAUGUUGAAAGAAAAAUCGGAAAUGCUUGAAAAACAUUCAAAAGACAGCUCAGAUUUUGAAAACAGGUUCGAAGAUCUGAACAAAUUGUAUCAAAGUGUGAACUCGGAGCUGAAUGAAACGCAGGAAAAAUUGAGUUCGGCGAAUGAAAGUUUAGAGUUGAAAAUUGCGAAAGUUGCGCAGCUGGAAGAUUUGUGCAAAGAUAACGAUAGUAAAAUCAAAAGCUUCAUCGAACAAUUGGAGAUGAAAUCGAAUAUUUUAGAAAAAGAAAUUCAAAAUAAAAAGGAGGCAGAGGAGUUGGUCUGCGAGCUGCAAGAUGAAAUGAAAUUGAAGACUGCUCAAAAUUUGAAAUUGGCGGAUGAGUUGAAUAUAACACGCGAAAGGUACAAAGAAAUUGACCGAACCUUUUCAGAUUAUUAUCAGGGCUCACAAGAUAUUUUAGCUCACAAUAAAGCACUGUCGGAAAAAGUGAAGGAACUCCAGAGUUCGAUGCAGAAUCUAAAAGCAUCACUUGAAAGUACGAGAGAUGAUUUAACUCAAUCAAAUGAUCAAAUUGGUAUUUUACAGAGUUUGCUGUCGGAAAAACAAAUCGACUGUGCCAACAAGCAGCAGAAAAUUUUAGAAUUGGAACACCGAAAUCAAGUCGGAAAUAUGUGCAAAGAAGAUGUGGAAAAUAAAGUCACAGAACUGGAACAGAAAUUGGAAAAAGUGAAGACUUCUUUCCAAGAUUCAGAGCAGAAAGUCAAAGUGUUGGAAGGUCAGCUUGUCAUGAAGGAUGACCAAAUUUCAAUGCGAGAAGAUAAAAUUUCACUUUUGACCGGAAAAUUGGAUUCCAUUGUCAAAUUAGAUGACUCAAACUUGAAGAAGUUGGAAGAAGUCACAAGGAGUGCAUCUGAAAAAAGCGAAGAAGUUCAAAAGGUCAGAUCUGAAAAUGUCAAACUGAGAGAAGAUAUUAAAACAUGUGAAGCUGAAAUGUCGAAAAUGUAUAGAAAAAAUUCCGAAUUAGACGAAAAACUGAAAAAGUUAGAAAGUGAAACUAAUGCUUUGAAUGCGUCAAAGAAGAGUUUGAGUGAGGAGCUUAAUUUAAAAGACUCGGAAGUUCAAACUUUGAAAACUUCAGUUGAGAAAUAUGAGCUGAGAGAAAGUAAACUGAAAGUUGCGGUCACUGAUGAAAUAUCUCGGCUUAAAACAGUUGUUGAAAAGCUAACAGAAGAACAUAACAAAGAGCUAAAGGAGCAGCAUGAUCAAUUUAAAGAAUCCUUGUCGACCAAAGAUUUCCAUAUGCAGAAAAUAGCCCAAGACAUGCAACAGAGUUCGAUGCGUGAACAAAUAUUACGCAAUGAUUUAGCCCAGGCGAUCAACCAGAUUAAUUAUUUCAAAAAUAACCAAGCCUUUUACUUAAGUUCGAGUAAUAUGAACAAUCAAGGCGCUUCGUCCAAUGGGACUUUGAACAGUCCGGAUUCUCCAACAAGUUACACCUUUGAGCAAAAUACGGAUCAAGUUUAUCAAGGUCACCCCGAUGAAAGAUAUGACGCCAUGCAAAAACAACAUCAUCGCAAACAUCAGAAACACAGACUUGAUAACGGAUUAUCUGGUGCUGUUUACCCUGCGGGAAAUAAUGUGCCUAAAUUCAGUUCAAUUACAGGUAAAGGUGUCGUAGCAAGUACAAACUCAGGGGUGUCUCCAAGAACAGUUCCUAGUAUUGAUAGAAUGACGGAAAUCAGAAGUGACCCAAUGUUGCUAAAUUUCCACUACUUGCCACAUGAUGAGCAACAACAAGCGAUGGAAAUGCCUUCGCCAAGUGAAGGUCAAACCCAAAGGUCAGUUGAAUCUCAAGGUCUACUGAAACCGCAUCAGACUCUGCAGAGAACGUAUUCUGAUUCAAGAGCUCUCAAGUCUACUGGUCUGAUGAGCAACGAAGAAACGGCUCGGCAAAAUGUGAAUGCAAGAGAAAAUUUGAGGCCAGAAAAAUCGUCGCCUAAUAUAAGCGCAGAUAAAGUUGCCCCAAAAAGUGCGCCUCCUAAGAAACUUAAUGACACUUCUAGAGGCGCAGAUAGUCCAUUCCUAGAAAUAUCUGCAGAUGUUGCUGACAUAUUUCGGAAAGUCAAGGAAAACAUGGAAUGUGAAGUCCCGAAAAACCCAAAUAAUGAUGUUCAAAAUCAAUUGGAGUCCAAAAAAGGGAGAACUUACAAAGUUCCUCUUUCGAACGGAGACGAGAACGCUGCAGGCAUGAAAUCGAAGGCUUCUAAGAGAAUGUCAGUUCAGGAGAUGUCGUUUACUUACAACAGUGAAGAUGAGCUAAUGAAUCAAUCGUUCCAUUCGCUGAUAUCUUUGAAUGCUUCUCAAGAAGGAUUGGAUUCAGUUAGGAGUCACACGCCUGCGAUGUUAGAAAUGAGUCAUAAUAAUGAAAACGGAGAUCAUUUGCGAAAUGAGCUGUCAGCUGUAUCUUUUGACGCAGAUGGUGAUCGGGUGGCUAACAGUACAGGCACUGAUGAAGAGUUCCUGAGGAUGUUAGAUGCAAAUAGCAGAAAGAGGAAGGAAUUGGAGCAAAAGCUGAAUUUAUUAGUGGAGAAAACAGGAACCGUUUUGAACGAGCAGCAGUGAAAAGCAGGGUAUCAGUUGUACGCUGAUGAUAAUCAUGAUAUAAUUUCGAACUCAACCCACUGAUUUCCAGUUGAAAACUUGGAUAAAGCAGCGUUUUACUUGUAUGUAUUGCCAGGUCAAUGAGUAUGUGCCUAGAAUCGCUCAGCCUUAAAAUUGAACCCAAAUCUUCAGUGCAAUUAUAAUGCGUCUUGUUACUUAAUAAACUGAUCAUUACGUUAGCUUCCAUUUGUACUUUUAUCACGUUCUUUCUAUCUCAUUUACAUUAGUUUUGCGUUUAUAUCUUGUUAUACUCGAUCAAAUUGAAGGUCAUCCUUAGGCUCUUGUAUGUAUGUAAAUAUGUAAAGCUACUUUAUCUCCUUAUAAUACAAGUCGAAUUGA